GCGCUGUUAAGCAGGCGGUCAAAGUACGCUAGCACGGCAGGGUGUGUUGUGUUUCAUUUUGAUUGUGAGUAAAUGGCCUCUGGACCGGAUUAUUAUCAAGUAGUUCCUGCUCAGAUAUGCAAUCAUCAGAAUUUUUUCUGAAGUACGAAUUUAUACAGGUAUCAGUUCACAAGGGAUGUAUAUAGCAUUACGUACGUGUGAAUAGAACCAAUCCCUGAUUUACCGAUUACUGCUGAAAGGAACGUGAAAAGAACGUACAACAUAUGUCAUAGACUUCUCCGUGUAUAUUAAGAAAAUGGCGGCCGUAUGGUUGAUGCAGCUAUCGCUUGUGUUGCUCGUGUCCAAGUUUGCCACUGGUACCCCACCUUCUUUUCUGUGUGAGGACGAAAACGCUGAUUAUGGUAAUAAUUGCGACAUGAUCGGCAAUUAUCAUGACAUGAACGGUUUUGACAUAGCGGAGACGAAUGAAGUGAAUAAAUUACUGUACACCCUCAAAGCCGUUGAUCCUGAUGACGAAAACAGCCCGGUCACGUUUGAGAUUUUACCCUACACUGGAACUUUGCUACCAGAUCAAGCGAACGGUUUUGACUAUUUGAAUGUCGGCUCAUCGACAGGAGAAGUGACAACCAAAACUGAACUGGAUUAUGAGACGGUUCAUCGUUUAUAUUUUAAAUGGAAGCUGACAGAUCAGGACGGUGAAAUGUUCACUACAACAGUUUUUACUGUUGGUAUCACGGACAUCAAUGAUAAUGACCCAGAAUUCACAUCGAGCUCGUAUCGCUUGGAAGCCAUUCAAGAGGGUUCAAAGACGCCAGACGACAUCCUCGUUACGGCAAAUGCCACGGAUAGGGACACUGGUGAUGACAUCAAGUACGACAUUGUGGACUCGCAUCUGGGCUGGCCGUGCAACGGUGACAUCUUCAAGAUUGAUCCAAGCACAGGAGGCAUCAGCCUCAAAGCGGGGGAAACCUUGGAUUUUGAAACCAGCACACUGUACACAGUCUGCGUCAGAGCAAAUGACUCAGGUGCACCUGUCGGUGAGCCACGUUAUGCUUAUGCACAGGUCAUCAUCUCGAUUCAAGACGUACAGGACGAGCCACCGUACUUCACCAAAACCAACUACGACCAGGAAAUUCCUGAAGACACGCCAGAGGGUUCUGAUGUUCUGGAAGUACUUGCAAGAGAAGGUGACAGGGGCGUCCUUGUACCCAAUCUGAUUCUCUACAGCUUGACUGGCGGAGAUGGCAAGUUUGAAAUUGGCAACUCUACUGGUCAGAUAACCAUAAAAGAACUGCUGGAUCGAGAAACUAAGACUUCGUACAUCGUCACUGUGGUGGCUCAAGAAAUCCAUGCAGACGGCACACUGCAGGCUCCUCCGAGCUCUGCCGAAGUCAAUAUAACCAUCCAAGUGGGUGAUGUGGACGAUAAGAACGCCACGUUCACUGCCAACGUGGUCGAUAUCUCACUCUCCGAGAACACGCUGGAAGGAAGCUUCGUUUCUCUAGAUGGAUUGGCGGUUCAGGACGUCGACCAGGCACCCAAUAAUCUCUUUUAUUUACAUCUGGGCGGACCGGAUGCUGACGCCUUUGUGAUUCCAAACGAAGACGAGGCGAUAAGAGGUGAUGCCACUGUCGACGUGAGAGUCAGCAAUGAAAAGAAACUGGACUUUGAAGCAAAUAAAUUCCUUGAGUUUGAGAUUUAUGCCACCGAUGCUCUUGGUAAUCAGUACGAUGUUGCCUAUGUCCAUGUAAACAUCACGGAUCAAAACGACGAAACCCCAACCUUCGAUCGAAGCGAGUACAGUUUUACAGUUGAGGAGAACUCUCGAGGAACAGUGGUUGGCUUUGUCAAUGCAACUGAUCGAGACUCAGAAGCCUACAGUCAAGUGACCUAUCAACUCUUUGGACAAGGAGACAAUCCUCAAUUUGAGAUGAACAGCACUACGGGCGAGAUCAGGACCCGUAACGAUUCCAACUUGAAUUACGAGCGUCAAAGCGUGUAUUUUUUCACCUGUGUCGCCACGGAUGGUCAACGCAGCGGGACGGCAAUCGUGCAGAUUGAACUGCUAGACCAGAACGACAAUGCGCCACAAUUCAGCGCUACCUCCUACACCACACAAGUUGAUGAAAACACAAUUCCAAGUGGCCCUCUACUGACAGUUUCGGCAAGUGAUGCAGAUCCGAGCACAGAUAACAACGAGAUUACCUACACGUUGUGGAACGACACUUACUCUGAUAGGUUCACUAUUAAGACAACUGAUGCAGGAGGAGUUAUCAGACUCCAACAAACGCUAGACUUUGAGGAAGACGGUUCAGAGAUUGAGAUCAUCGUCAUUGCCACGGAUACCGGGGAGCCUCAACUGUCCGCUAAUGCCACCGUCAAAGUUAGAAUUCAGGACAUGAAUGACCAAUCGCCGAUCUUCACAGAGGAAGUAUACUAUGGAGAAGUGUCUGAAGGGGCACCGAGAGGUGAGCUCGUCUUGAGAGUGAACGCCACCGACGCGGAUCAGGAAAACAAUGUCAACUCUCGCAUCGACUACUUCUUCUCGGACCAAACCGUUUCCGAUUUCCGCAUUGUGAUUGGGACCGGGGAGGUGAGAGUCAACUCGGGCAACUUGGACCGGGACGAGAAGGGCAGUUACUAUAUGGAAGUGAUUGCGAUUGACCGCGGCGAACCUACUAAUAGCGGCACUUGUUAUGUGAACAUCACUGUACUGGACAUCAACAACAAGGCUCCAUAUUUCCCUGAAGAAGACCCAACCGUUGGGAUAUAUGAAAAUGCCACCAGUGGUUCUUUGGUUGCUAUGGUGACAGCAACUGACUUGGAUGAAACGGCUCUUUUGUCCUACGGCGUGGAUUUGGAUAACAGUGCAGUUUACGAUGAGGAUGGGGAAGAGGUCCCUACAACUGUUGACCAGUUCUUCUGGGUCGAAAAUACCACAGGGGAUGUGUACACAACGGACACACCGCUAGACCGAGAAACGACGGCCAGAUUUGAAAUUACUAUAACCGUGGAGGAUUUGGCAGCAUUUGGGAGCACUCCUCAGACAGCUGAAGUUUUACUGACUAUCAAUGUUCAGGAUAUCAACGACAAUGCUCCGGUAUUCAGUGAGAGUGGUUACGAAUUCAAUGUGGACGAAAAUACUGAUGUGGGUUCCAUCAUAUCAAAUGUCAUCAGUGCUACGGACAAGGACCAGGGCAAGAAUGGAGAAAUCAGAUAUGAGCUUGCAGAUAACGUCGACUCGUUACUGAGAAUCGAUCCAGAUACAGGUAUCCUGUUCGUCAAUGGAACAUUUGACCGGGAAAAGUAUCCCAAUUACACGGCCAUAGUUGUGGCAUUUGACAAAGGCUCUCCGGAACUGUCGAGCAACGAGACGAUUGUGAUUACCAUCACCGACGUGAACGACAACGGGCCCAAGUUUGAAAGUCAGGACUACACAGCCGAAAUUUCAGAGGAUUUUCCCAAUGGAACAACCAUUCUUCAGGUGGUUGCUAAUGACAAGGACGAAAGCAUGCAAUUCGGCACGGUGGAGUACCAGAUCGCCGCUGGCAACCCAGACGGAAUAUUCACCAUCGGUGAAACAGAUGGUAUUAUUAUGAUUGAAGAUGGCGAGAAACUGGACAGAGAAACUGAAGACACACACAUACUUACCAUUACUGCUAGUGAUGGAGAAAAACAAGACAGUGUAGAGGUAACAAUCACGGUCUUGGACGUCAACGACGAAGUACCAAAGUUCGCUACGCAUUCCGAUACCAUCAAUCUACAGGAGAGCGUGGAGCCUGGUAAUCUGGUAAUCGCCCUGUCGGCUGUGGACAAAGACCAACUAGACACCAACAACAGCAGAGUGCAAUACUUCAUUGAUGGUGGAAACGAAGAAGGUCUUUUCAAGAUCGACAGUCUUGAAGGAGAUAUUCUGACACAAAAAGAACUCAGCAACAGAGUUGGUGCAUACAGGCUGCGAGUGGUUGCCAGGGAUAUGGGAACGCCUCCCCUCCAAUCAGAAACCCUCAUAACAGUCAUCGUCACGGACGUCAACGAUGACACGCCCGAGAUAAUAUCCCCAAUCAAUCUGGAGGUCUUCUACAUUCCAGAGAAUUACACCGGAUUUGUGUUGGAGGUUGAAGCGAAGGACACAGAUAUCGGCCCUAAUGGUGACGUCACGUUUAGAUUCAUCCAAUCCGCCGGUGAAACAGGCAAGGAUGACCAGUAUUUCGAUAUGGUCUCAGCGGGCAAUGACACAGCCACAAUCAGCAUUCAUACAAAGACUGACCGAGAGACUAAAGACACCUACUAUCUGACGGUAGAAGUGAAGGACAAUGGAAUAGCACCGCUUGCCGCCACGGUGUCCUUCACGGUCCAAGUCAACGAUACAGACGACAAUGAACCAAUCUUCUGGACUGAUUCUGAGAACAAACCGAAGGCUGACUUUACCGUGUCUGAGAACGAUGACUCGGCUGUGAUCGGGUCAGUCGAUCUGGCAUCUGAUGCAGAUGAACCCCAAAACCAACAUAUCUACUAUUUCAUUGUCGAUGGAAACGCCGAAGAUCAGGCUAAUGGGGCGUUUGUACUCGACAAUACCACCGGUGUGCUAUCGUUGCAAAAACCCCUGGACCGCGAACAGAAUGAGACCCUGCAGCUUGUCGUCAAGGUAACAAGCGACAUGGAUUUCAGCCCUGCGGCGCCGAUUCCUUACGACGAUAAGGACAACACUUUACUGGAAGUCACGGUGACAGUCAAAGACACAAACGACAACGGGCCUGUAUUCUACAUAAAAGAUAAACUUUACACUGGAGGUGUGAAGGAUGAUGCAGUGUUUAACAGCGAGGUGAUCAAAGUGGAAGCCGUUGAUAAGGACCUCGGAGACUUUGCCGUCGUGGUGUACACCAUUACGAGUCAGAAAUACACAAGCACCGACGGCAAAGAGCGUGACGACAACGCCUUUGGCAUCAUCAAAGACACUGGGUCCGUCAUUACCGACAAGGUUUUUCAGAAGGGCGACGCUGGCUUCUACACGAUCAUUGUCAAGGCAGAGGACAGCCUCAACUCGGACUUCAGCGACUCGGCAACAGUGUCGAUUUAUCUGUACAGCGAGGAUCAACAGAUUGAAAUGACCAUAUUUAAAUCCGCUGAGGAAGUGCGAGGCUAUCAAGAUGAUUUUAAACAGACAAUCGAGGAAAUCAUAUUAAAGUACGGUGAUUUUAGCUCCAGUCAGUCCGUCAAGAGAGCAUCCACCACCUUCACUCCGGUCAUCGUUAUCGAUGAUAUUCAAAUCCGGGUCGUCAAUGGUCAACCGCAACCUGGAUGGAGUGUCAUGCAACUUCACGCCGUCAAUACAGAGGACAACACCAUCAUAGCGCCACAACUUGUUGUCAAUGCCAUAGACGACGCAUAUGACUACACUGAGAUAAUUCGUGGUGUAUACGGUGUCGAUGAAAUUGUGAUUGCGAUUCCACCCACCGAGGCACCGCCAGACCUAACGUGGAUCCAAUGGCUGUUGGUCGGUAUCCUGUGCGCUAUUGUGGUGAUUGCCUUUGGACUAGUGGCUACCAUCUGCAUCAUGACUUCACGCUACAAGAGGAAACUGCGCGCAGCCACGGCAGGCAUCUAUGAGCCCAUCAACCCAGCCGCCAACGCUAACCACGCCCCCAACACCAACAAAUUCACUGAGCCUGGAUCGAACCCACUGUACAACUCAAAGCUUAGUGAUGAAUACGAGAAGAGAUACUCACAGUCGCCAGAGAGUGCCGAGGCUGCAGAGGAAGAUACCAAGAACGAGAAAAUAAGUAACGGACACGCCAAGAAGAUCCCACCUGAUUCCAAAUCCGUCGAGGAACAAGAGAUGGUGGUAGACAUGUUCGACGACUCGCAAGACUACCAAGAAGUAGGGGAUAACGAGACCGGCGAUCUCUUACUCCUACAGGUGCUCGCCGACUACGACAAGGAUAGAGAGGACGGACUGGUCAACUUGCCGGAAUUUGCCAACAUGACCAUCACAGAGAUCUGAGACAGUAAGUGUGAUAAUAGGGACCAAUGUCAUGGGAUGCUUAACAGAAAAUUCGGCUCAGUAAAUGUUUGUGCUUAGCUGAAGAAAUUGGCCGAGUACCAGUCACAAGCAAUAGAAUUUCAAUGACGUUUGGCUGGUAACCUGCAGCUCCAUAACAUUGGUUCAGGUGUAUCAUUGGGCUGAAAAACACAAUAGUCCCGGAAAGAUUUUGGGAUCGUUUACCCAUAAAAGUUUAUAAACAAAAUUGAAGAACAUGCAAUCAAUUUCAUGGCUCUCUACAGAACACAAUAGACUGAGCCAUUUAGCCACACCUCCAUGGUGUUUACUGCUUAGGCAAAAAAAAAAUAGUCGGUCUCUGGUCAAUUUUGAUUAUGUGCAUCGAAGGGAAGGGCACCAAGGCAAAUGAUGGAGGACACCAAGGUGUAUGAGGAUGCAAAAUAGUACCCACCUUGUCUGUACAAUCCAAGCUAGGAAACAAACGCAUCACUGCAUCAAUUCUGGAACUUGGGGCUGACCAGAGACCAAUUAUUUUUUCUUUUUAGGCCUUAUAGAGCUCUUUGCAAAAAAGAUACCAUAUAUUGUAGAGAGUCAUAUUGCUUCUGCAGCUUAUUUUAUACUCGUCGUUGUAUUUUUGUUCAUCUGAUGCCACAUUCAUUUGAUUGUGGCUGCAUUCAAACCGUGAGAAAUGUUUCUUAAGAAUUAAAAUCAAAAUUGUAAUCUUGGAAUAUAAAUUGUUUCAGUUAAACAUAAAUCUGAGAGUGCCAGGUUUACAUACCAUGGCUAGUACUCAUUAGAAUUUUGUCACAAAUAGUACAAAAUUGCAUACCUUAUUACAUUUUUUACUCAUUCAUAUUUCCUAAAUAGCCAAAGCUAAGCUUGUCUUCUGUAACCUUUAGAAGAAAACUUGCGAUGAAUUACAUUGGAGGAAUUCAAAGUAUGAAUUCACUUUGAACUGGAAACCACUAUGAAUAGAAUCAGUCCCCAUAGAAAUCCAUCCCACCCCAUACUAUGAUUCCACACCAUAGUAUUCUAUAGUAUUGUCAUUCCAUCCCAUAGAAGUAUGUAGCGCUAUGAGUCAAACCCAUAGCUAUAUAUUUAAAGAACAUGCCAUUCUAAACAUAUCAAACAGUAUAUUUGCAUAAAUAUUGCAUUUAUAAAAUUACAUUUACAUGUAUAUUAUAGAAAGAAGUUUAUGUGUAUAUACAAUUACGCCAUGCAAGCUCUUCUGAGUUAAACCUUUGAAAAAAAAAUCACAGUGCCAAAUUAACAAGUACCAUUGUCCUUGGAAAUGUCUUGUUAGAUGAGAAAAUUUAAAUAUUAAUAUUUGAGGGUAGUGGCUUUGUUUUUAAAUUAAAUUCAACAACGUGCAAAAAUGGUCGUGCCUAGGUUUGGCAGGCUAAGUGCUUUGUAGAAUCUAAACAUUUUUUUCAAAAGCUUGCUCACUAUUGAACUUUUUGUUUGCUUUUUAUUUUAAAUGGUUUAUAUCAUUGCAACUUAUUAGGCUUUUAGAGAUAAUGCUUAAAGUCCAUUUAUAGUUUUUCCGUUUCUCAAAAAAUGGCAAGACAUUUUUUCAUAAUCUUUUCACCAAUUAAUUUAGUGCUGUUCUUGAGUGGAUUGAUUGGUGAAUCCUAAAUCCUACAAAAUCCUUCAAAAUCUCCGAUUUAACAAACUGGGAUCAGGAUUUAGGGUGAACAAUUUCUAUCAAUGCAUUUAACUGUAUAUACUCAGAGAGUCAUUAAAUAUGACUUGUAAAAGUUUUUUUAAUACAUAAUUAUUGCAAGGAAACUAAGCAAGAACGCACUUUUGCAAAAGUUUAAAAGAGUUAUAUUUUGAUAGAAAAGAAAAUAGAUUGUAUUAAAGCUGCAAGAACUUCAAAUUGUUUUUUUUUUUUAAAUUGGUACCAACACAAUCUUGAACUACGUGAAAUGGCAACUUCAAUGCUGAAAGUUUUAACUUUGUAUUAUUGUUUGAUAUUUGUGCUGACCAUUUUUCCUAGUAUGGAACGAUUUUUCUUUGUUUCACAGUGAACUUAUUAAUUAAAAAAAUUAUUUGAAAUGACAAAAGGCCUUGUCUGAAAAUUACUUGUUGUUUUUUCAGUAUUGUUUUCAGCAAGAACUCACUUUGCUUUUCUUGGGUCGCUUUUAGUUAGGGCCUUGAUGUCUAAUUGCUUGGCGUCUAAACCAAAACAUUCCACUCUUUUGGUCAUAUUGCCUUCCGUAAAUAAUCUGCACAUGCA